UAUACGACGUAGAGGCUGUGUCGCCUCGUGCUCUAUACACAUCGCGAUGUCGUUUGAAAACUAUUAGUAUUUUUCAAAUUAAGUAUCAUACUUUAGUUUAAGGUGAAAUAUAUUUUUUUUCUAUGACUUGAAAUGUGUGUAAACGUAAAGUGGGAAUUGGCAGUUUGUAGUGUCAAGCAUGGUCGUGGGACCAAUUAAAACAGAUAAACGUGCAUGGAACCAGUUCAAGUGCAUUAUCCUUUUAUAUGUUUUGUCCAGUUUUCCUUGUCCGACGAAAGCUCAAAGUCGUGCGCCGCGUAUCAAAGAACACCCAGCGGACACGAUUGUAGGGAGAAGUGAACCUGCUACCCUGCGGUGCGUGUCUGAAGGGAAGCCGAAACCGACGAUCCAAUGGUAUAAAGAUGGAAUACCGCUCGCGCCUACAGACCAUCCACAUAGAGUGUUGCUUGAAGAUGGACUGUUAUUUCUUAGGGUUAUGCGUGGUAAAAAGGAAAGCGACGAGGGAGUAUAUUGGUGUGUCGCGAGGAACUCCGUCGGCGAAGCAAUUAGUAAAAACGCUACAUUGACCAUUGCUGUCCUCAGGGACGAAUUUAGAACAGAACCCCGUGAUGUAAAAGUGGCAAGCGGAGAACCCGCCUUAUUAGAAUGUUCCUCUCCUAAAGGUGUGCCUGAUCCUUCAGUACAUUGGAUUAAAGAUGGACAAACUUUAGAUGUAGAAGUCAAUGGAAGAAUAUCUGUAGUAGAUGGCGGUAAUCUAAAAAUUCUCGAGAGUCUGCCGUCAGAUAGUGGUGUGUACCAAUGCGUGGCAUCUAAUGUGGCGGGAGAAAGGCAAUCGCGCCCGGCUACCUUACUCGUAUUACGCAGACCACAUUUUCUAGUGAAACCCAAUAAUAUAACGGCGCUAAUAGGCCAGAACAUCGAGUUUCAUUGUCAAACUUCACCAGAUUCAGAUGUGGCUGUAACAUGGUCGCGUGAUAGUGGUACUUUAUCACCUUAUGCCAUAAUACGACGCGGAUCUUUAAGGAUAGAUCGAUUAGUAUCUACAGACGCCGGGACAUACACUUGCAGAGCUGAAAGUCAAGCUGGGUCAAGUGCAGCCAGUGCCACACUAACAGUAUAUUCCUUACCUCACUUUACACGAGUGCCUUCGGAUCAAACAGCAUGGGAAGGAGAAGCUGUAUCAUUUCCAUGCGAGGCGGAUGGAUCACCUAAACCCAUUUUGUUCUGGACUAUGGAAGGAUCGCAGGAAUUAAUAUUCACAAAAUCAAGUCACGGUACCAGUUCGCUUUAUUUAGAUCGAGUACUGGCUCAACAUGCAGGUAGACUUACAUGCGUAGCUGUCAGUGCAGCUGGUAGUGCUUUACAUACGGCUACUCUUCAGGUUUUAAGAAGAGAAGCCAAUUCUUUCAAAGGAGAUUUUGAGUCAUCAUCACCUUAUCCAGAUAUAAACAAACCAUUGAACUAUCCACCGAUGACACAAUACGAAUUAGUACAAGCUCGACGUUAUUUACAACAAGAUGUUUUAGCUCUAAGACGUGUAGAAGGGAUAUCUGCUACUACCAUUAAAAUUGUUUGGGAUGUUAUGACAGAUUACAACGAAUAUCUAGAGGGUGUAAAAAUAUGGUUCAAUGGAACGUCUAUUAAUCGACAAUAUGCGACAGAAAAUUCUAUGAACUCGAAUGCAUCUUUAGAUAGUAUAGCUGAAUUUAGUAAAUAUGAAAAUUUUUCAAUGACCACAGUUCAUAACAGUGGUUCAUCUAGUCAUGUAUUAACAGGGUUAAUGCCAUAUGCUCAAUAUGAUGUAUUUGUAAUGCCUUUUUAUAAGUUAUUGUUAGGUAAACCAUCUAACAUGAAGUCUGGUUUUACAGAAGAAGAUAUUCCAUCGGCACCGCCGCAGAGCCUUUCAGCCGGCGUGAUAAAUGCGACGUCAGCAUGGAUACGGUGGGAUCCGCCUCCCGUACAUACUUGGAAUGGAGAACUUUCUGGAUACUUAAUUGAAGUGAGAGUGGGUGGAGGCAAUGGUGGACGAGUAGUAGGCCAGAUGUCAUUAGGAGCACGUACUCGUGCUGCUGCUGCUAGUUCUCUUCGUACAGGUGGUCGCUAUAGUGCUCGCGCUGCAGCAGUUACACACAGAGGACAUGGGCCGUUCAGUGCGCCUGCGCUUAUACACAUGGUACCAACGCAGAUACAACGACAUUACGUACAGACUGAACCAGCAACAGACAAAGCCAUUCUGUCUAUGUUUCAAGAAACUUGGCUGCUUGUAUUGUGUGCAUUUAUACUUGUCUUAGUUAUAGUUAGUGCAGCUAUUGGAUUUUAUAUUAGACAUCGAAAUUCGAAACAAAGGAAAAGUCAAAAUUCAACAAAUACAGCAAUUAUUAAUGCUCAGCAAUGUUUAUUGGGUAAAGAAGCAGUUUGGCUUCGAGAAAGGCCAGUAUUCGAAGGUUCAAACGAACCUAGAAUUGAAAUAUUGAAUUGUCAUCAGAGUCUUUUACACAGUGGACACUCUGUAGGAACAAUGGCUAUGGAAGCAGAAUAUACUCUUCCACAACAUUCACAUACUAUGAACCCAAUGCCUCAAGAAGAAUAUAAAAGAAUGCAACCGGAACCAUACGCCUCUAGUGCCAUUUAUACGGAACUAAAUUAUCAGACUGACUUAGAAGAUUCCUGCAUGAAAUGUGCCAAUAGCCCAGGUUCAUGUGACAACAGUAUGAUAAGAUCCUAUGGAGAAAGCAACCAGUACUCCAAUGAAGAAUGUUCCACGUGCUGUCGCAGUAGCAGUUCAACUUUAACGAAAGACUACAGCGAAAUGACUAAAUGUGGCAAUGACGGAGAGGAUUUACAGGAAAUGUCAAUAGAUGACUGCCCCUCUUGUAAAACUAAUCAUUCGAGAUCAUCAAGCCAUCAUGAUGCUAACAAAGAAUGGGCUAUAGCUGAAGUAGAGUAUGAUUAUCCGCAAUGGCAUUGGUUAGGAAAAGAAAAUAGUUUUAGACAUCGAACUGAAGAUACAAAUACUCGAACACAUUCAAGUGGUGAAAGGAGCGAUCAAAACUGCAGAAUGAAUUUGUGUGAUAUUCUUCCGCCUCCACCUUAUGAGAGAGAAACCCAUUACCGGGAUAUACGUGCAUUUGCCAAUAACUCGGGUGCAUCUGGUUGUUCAGGACAUACGUAUCGAAGUUAAUUUUAAUUUUUUUAUUUUGUCAUAACAUUGUUAUUGAAUAUCAUUAGUACGUAAACCAAGCAAUACUAAUUAGUAAAUUUGUAAAUAUGUAUGAAAUGUUUCUGCAUAUAUUGACGGAGAAAUAGAAUGUCUGUUACACUACCACAUAACAAUGACUACUAAUAUUUUAAAUAAAUCGAUACGUUUACUACUGACUCAAAUUUGAUCAAAAAUAAUUAAAUACGCUAGCUGAUAAGUGUAAUUUCUAUUUUGAUUAAACUACUACUAUAUGCGUAAUAUUUUCGUUAACAAUUAGUAGUAAUUUGUAUGUGGAGGUGUAGCCGUACGUUUUUUCAAGUUUAGCUACUGUGGGUGUGUUUUUAAAUAGACUGCUGUUUAUCGUAUUGUAGGCUUUAGAAAUAGGUUUCAUCUUUCUCUAGUGACUGUGAUAUAGUAUAAUUUCUUAUUCAAUUUUUUAGUUUUGUAAAUAUGUUUUAAUGUUUGAUAUCCUUAUACAAUUUUAUCGUUCAUUUACACCGUACGUAUUUUAUCUAUUUAUUAUGUAGUAAAUUAACAAAUGCAAAGAAAAAGAACAAGAAAAUUGAAGGCCAUUUUUUAAUCACAGUUAUAAAGAAUUUUGUAUUAAAAAGAUCUUUUAACAGUUCUAACAUUUGUAGAAAUGUUUCAAACUGAUCAGCAUUAUUAAAUAACGUACAUUUGUAUGUGUUUGUUUU